AUGUGCGAAGGUGGAGUAUAUCGGUAUUUGCUAUGGGCAUCCUACGAUGGUGCUCGAUUUUUGUCCAUUGCUAAUGGUAGUAUCAAUCAUAGUGUGCUUAGUUUUCUGAAAGCACUUGUGCGUGAUACUUUUCCAGAUAUUGGAAUGCAAUUAAAAAUAUCUCCAUCAAGCAGAACUGAUGCGGGAGUACAUGCAAUGCGAAACGCUUUUAUCAUGCAAAUUCCUAUUAGAAAUGCGGAUGAGAGCAAAAGUAAUCUGUUACAUGACUGGAAUCAUAGGGCCAAUGAAUUUGUUGGUACAUCAUUCCGUAUUCUUGACUUUCACCCUGUCUCAAAAGGUUUUUGUUCAAGGAGAAAUGUUUCAUACAGAAAAUACAAAUAUCGAUUAGCCAUAGCGGAAAACGAGGAAGAGUGGUUGAAAAAUACAGAACAACCGUUGUUGUGGCAAUUUGCCGAAAGGCCAUAUAUGUGGUUCUUGCCGAAUGGUUUUGAUAUGCGGAAGGCCGCAGAUGCAUGUUCCUUAUUCCAAGUGGAUUUUUGA